AUGUGGAUUCUUCCGCUCGUCGGCUAUGCCGGUUCCAUCUUCGGCUUCUGCUUCCUGACUAUGGCCAUCGCGUCAGGCCUGUAUUACCUGUCAGAGCUGGUUGAAGAGAACACAGUCAUCGCCAAACGCCUCCUCACAAGGCUGGUCUAUGUCAUCAUGGGCAUUCAUCUGCUAUUAUGGGUCGUGGAUGGACUAUCUUUCUGGGCAACCAUGCUUGGUAUAACUUGCCAUCUUGUCUACCUGGGCAACAUGCGCAAAUUCCCCUUUGUCAAGCUAUCAGACCCUCUCUUUAUCAUGUCGUGUAUUCUCGUUCUUGCCGAUCACUACGUCUGGUUCAAACAUUUUUCGAGCUACCAGACACGUGCCUUCCAGAGGUCCUCAUACUACGACGAUGUCGACGUGCCGACUUUCACACAAAUUGCUUCAUACUUUGGCCUGUGCGUAUGGCUCGUCCCGUUUUCCUUGUUUGUUAGUCUCUCAGCUGGCGACAAUGUUCUCCCCACUAUUGGUACCGAACCCAUUCAAGACUCCGACGGGAAGGCGAAGCACCAGGGAAUGUUCAAGGCCAUUGUUGAUUCAGCACGUGGUAUGAUUGGCGAAAGCCUCUCAGGCAUGGAGAGGCCUUGA